GUAGUUUCCACUGGCGGAGCCUCGGUAUUUACAACAAUAUUGUCUGAAGCCUCUCUGGCGCUGCCGUCCACCACAGACAGACACGUAGUCCACCCGUCGGCACCGCGUUUUGUCUCUGUCGUGCGACGGUUGUCGGUCCCGUGGUGCGCAGCUUCGCCCGGAGAAACACCUGUGCGCCUCUCGUCACCACUGGCCGCAGGCAUCACUGUUGAGUAGGGAACAGAUAACCCUAAGGCGCGGUGUCUGUCUGCAUCUGUCUGGAAGAAAGAGAAGAGGAGCAGCAUGAAUACCGCACAGCCUGGAAAUAUGCAAGGAGAGACCUUCCCCCGUUGCAGACUGGUGAAAUGUCAGGACUGAGGAGCAAGAUAGUCCGAUCAAAUCAGCAGGCUGUUUACCAAACAGUGGGCCAAAAAGAGCUGCUUGGCAUUAGACCCAGACUCACUUACGCCUUGUGUGUGGUUUAAGGCCAUCCCAAUCAAGAACGGACGUGUUAACUAAGCAUUCAUCAGCACAACCCCACCCCCCGUCGCCCCUAAGAUUCAGCAAUCCACAGACCAGAUGGAGUGGUCACUAGAUAAUGUGAGAGAGAUCGUGGCUGGAGGGAUGCAGUCUAUCAGGGAGUGUGAGAUCUGUGCCUUUGCGAUAGCCAUGUGUGUGCUGCUGCUGUUCAUGUGGUAUUGUUACAGGGUGGGCCGGGAGCAUGGCUCCAGCCCUCUGCGAGGCAGGUAUCUGGCUGGGCCCAGCCGAAUCGGAGGGGUGGUGGGGGGCUUCAUGAGUUCAGACUGCCGAGGUAGGGGGAAAGGGAAGAACGGAUCGAUGCUCGAAGAGCAGAACGGCUUCGCCUUCUGCCAGUCGUCAGAAUGCUUCCGGUGCACCAGUGCCGGCGAGAGUCUGAACCAAAGGCUCUAUCACAGCCUGCAGGAUUACGCCAAGCGCUACACCUGGUCAGGUAUGGGCAGGGUGCACAAAGGAGUCCGCGAUCAAGGCCGAUACCUCAACAGCCGACCGACCAUCCAGCGGCCAGAGGUCUUCUUCCUUCCCGACCUGCCGUCGGCUCCUUUCUUCUCCAGAGAAGUACAGAGACACGACGUAGAGCUGCUGGAGCAGAGCUUCCCCGCCCUUCUCGCCGAGUUUGAGAGCAUCUACCACCAACCUCCGGCCCGCGACGGCUCCUCCCUGCCACCAGGAUGGAAAGCCAACAACACCCCGCGCGGGCAGUGGUGGACCUACUACCUGGUCAACCAAGGCACCCCUCUGGUUCUAAAUGUCAGGAGGUGUCCGCGGGCCUGGAGGGUGCUCGGCCAGCUGCGCACCUUCAUCGCCAACAACGUGUUCGGAAACGCCUGCUUCUCUGUGCUUACGCCUGGAGCUUUGAUCACUGAGCAUUACGGUCCAACGAAUGUCCGGCUGCGUUGUCACCUGGGUCUUCGAGUGCCCCCUUCCUGUGAGCUUGUAGUUGGCGGAGAGCCACAAUGCUGGUCUGAGGGCAGCUGUCUGCUUUUUGAUGACUCCUUCCUCCACAGGGCCUUCCACGAGGGCGGCGCAGAGGACGGCCUUCGAGUGGUUUUCAUGGUGGACCUCUGGCACCCCAAUGUGGCCGCUGCAGAGAGACAAGCCUUGGACUACAUUUUUACUCCAGGCCGCUUAGAGGACAAGGAAGGGAAAUAAGUGUGAGUGAGAAACCACGUCUGAACAGACACGUAUGCCAUUUAGGGAAGUGUCUUGAUGGGGAACAACUCUUUUUGUGCCUCCAGAACAUCUCCCGCAUUUUCUCCGUCACAUACGGUAUCUUUCAUAACUCUUCUUAGCGGAUGACCAAACAUUGGGCCUCUUUUGUCAAAACCUACGAGAGACAUAAUUAUACAAAUCAGCCAUUGCAUUAAUGUGUGUUAACAUAAUGGCAGGGAGAUUUUAGCUUAACGGUCAUUAUUCUAUUUCCAAAAUCUGAAAUAUUCAAUGUAUUUGCAUUUGCACAAUCAUGUGACUGAACACUACAAAAAAAGCCCAUCUAGCAGUUUCCAUCCAAUAUUUUUUUUUUCAACUUUUGGCCAAUUCUGGAGCAAAAUCAUUUCUUUCAACUCAGAAGUAUUGUUGGUAUUACUUUUUCCUAGCAUAUAAUCCACAUUUUUGAAACCAAGGGCUAAAAAAAGAAGAAUUCAUUCAAUUUUUUCAUAUUUCUCAACAUAUUCAGUCACAGUUAAGAUGCUAAUUUUGAGUCAAACCAAAACCUGAUUGUCAGUGCCUAGGCACAUUUUUAAUUAAAAAAAAAACACCCACUUUCCAACUUUUUCCUCCUGAACAAAUGACAAAUCUCUUGCUUGCAGAAUGGUGUAAUAUUUUCAGUGAUUACAUUGCCUGUGUGAAUCAAAUCACAGCCCGGGUUAAGCCAAAGCUGAGGGAUAUUUGCAGCUGUCCUGGAUAACCUUUUAUGUUCCAAAAGGUGUCAAACAUAUUAAACAAAAUAAAACUGUUGUUCCCCAGUGGUUUUACAAAUAAAUGCAUUCAAUUUAAAUGUAUGUAAACUAAAUGAAUUUAAUGUAAUAAUGUCGCUGAGAUAAUAAUGACUAAAGAUGGUAAUAAUUCAUUAAUUUAAGUCAUUUCUAAUGUCACUGUAUUGUUUUGUUUUUGUUGAUAGAUGUGAUAACGGAGGUCCAAUGUUGAUCAUGAAUGUUUACAGACGCUGCUAGUAUCCGCGUCAUGACUCCUGCCAGUGUGGUAGUUAAUUGUGCUCUCCUUUGAACAAUCAAUCCUGCUUUCAAAAACCUGGUUAGAUAAGCACAUUUUUAUGUGUGUGAGUCGGCCUGUGCUGUAAUACUGGAGGUGAAGAGUUUUGGUAAAUUUACUAAACCCUUGUAAUUUGGUUGUAUUUGAUAUGAGGUUUGUAUUUCUGUAAAUAGGGUUGAGGUAAAAAGAAAAAAACACUAAAAAACGGAAUGGUCUGAAAUGAGUUACAAUGAUUGUCUUCAAUGCUAUAACUAUUGUGUUGUCAUGAUUUACAGCUUAUGUGAUUACAUUUCCUUCUGUUUCAAUCAUUUUUAUGGAUUCCAUUUGUAGAUUCUGUAAAUUGCUUGAAAUGAAGUAUGAUCUUUGUUGUUCUGUGAUAUCUUUAUUUAUAUUCAAUCUGUUAUUUAGUAGCCCCAUAUGGUAUCCAUUUUUAAUGCCACAAUCCUUAAUUCCUCAAAAGCAUUUCAUUGAUAAAUGUGCACAAAAUGUAAAAAUGUACCUUCAACAGCUUUACAGGUCCAUCUAUUCAAUUAUAUUGUUUACAACAUCGGCCAACACUGACACUCACAUUGAGCUGUCCAUAAUUAGGUUUAAAAUGAAGAGUGCUGUCAAGAGUAAAACUGUCAUUCCCAAAGCAUCGCUUCACAUAUGCAGUGAUGGAGCAACCAUUUUGUUUACAUUAGGAUUAAGGAUUUGUCCUUUAACGCAUUCUUGUGUGGAUUUCGAACAGUAUUUCUGUACAUUUAAUAAAUGGUUGAGUAUCUUAUUUAA